AAUGUUUAAUAUCCAGUUUUCCAAUCUUUACGAUGGUGAACCACCUUGUAGGUAUUUGUGUACCCUGUUCGUAACCGCCCGAUAGCGACCCAACAGAUUGUUGGAGAAUACUUCUCAGUCAAUGUGAAGUCAAGACCGAUACCAGAACAAUGGUGAAUUGUCCCACUGCAUUGAUCCUACUUGGAUCCGCCUUUCAAAUUUUAGCGGAGAAACAAGAUCAAAGAUUCAUUGGAGGAAUUAUUAACGACAUCUUCUCCGGAGACAGUCGAUGUCAGAGUUGCGAAUAUGACUCGGGCAAAGCCAAUUAUUGUUGUAAAUACAACUUGGAACGCCGUUGUUGUUCCUACAUUGCUGUUGGCGGAUCUGGAGGGUAUGCGGGCAAUCCAAGUUAUAACUACCCAGGCUAUGGUAACAACAUCAAUAAUAACAACUUCAAUUCUGGCUCUGGAUCGUACUAUCAGAAAACCGGCCAAUGUCCCCCGAUCUCCUACUUCGGUUCGAGUAAUAACAACGUUUAUGGGCGGCGAAAACGUGAGGCUCCUCCCCAAAGUUCUCAACUCGGUGGAAGACGGUAUACGGGUGGAUACUACGGCAACCUCCCUGGAAGUAACAACUACUUCAACAACAAUAACAAUAAUGGGUUUGGCAAUGAUUUUGGAUAUUCCAAUGGGAACAACUACAACUGCUAUUACGACAACGAGUGCCCGGGGUCCAAGAAGUGUUGUUCCCAAUAUGAUGGAUCGCGGGCUUGCGCCUAUCCAAGCUAUUAUGGUUAAAUAAAUGUGGCACGCUCACUCCGAACCAUUGAAGGCUGGAACUUGGAGGAAAAUCAUGAUUACUGUGCCUCUGAGUCUUAUUUCAAUUUCUGAGGCAUUGGUGUAGUUUUACUUGAUCAAGUCUGAUGCAAAGAUGAAUUAUACAAUCUACUUGAAGUUCAAUUCCGAGGUCAAAACUCAAUUUUUUUUCUGUCAUGUAUCAGAUCUUAAUGCCUAUGCACUUCAAGUCUGACAGUCCGAAAAAUCUACAUAAUCCAAAUGAUCCAAAAUUUAGUGGGGAGUCAUUAAUAAAUAAACCAAUGCUCACGAAUUU